AUGGCCGCUCUCUCGCCUUACAAGGCUGAUUUCCUCAAGGCCUCCAUCGACGGCGGCGUCCUGAAGUUCGGCAGCUUCGAGCUCAAGUCCAAGCGCAUUUCCCCCUACUUCUUCAACGCCGGCGACUUCUACCGUGCCGACCUCCUCCAGGCCAUCUCUACUGCCUACGCCAAGUGCAUCAUCGAGGCUCACAAGAGCGGCCAGUUGGACUUUGACAUUGUCUUUGGCCCCGCCUACAAGGGCAUUCCCCUCGCUACCGCUGCCACCGAUAAGCUCGCUCAGCUUGACCCCGAGACCUACGGCAAGAUCUGCUACUCUUUCGACCGCAAGGAGGCCAAGGACCAUGGCGAGGGUGGUAACAUUGUUGGCGCCCCUCUGAAGGGCAAGAGGAUUCUCAUCGUUGACGAUGUCAUCACCGCCGGCACUGCUAAGCGUGAGGCCAUUGCCAAGAUCGAGAAGGAGGGCGGCAUUGUUGCUGGCAUUGUCGUUGCUCUUGAUCGCAUGGAGAAGCUUCCUGCCGCCGAUGGUGAUGAUAGCAAGCCUGGCCCCAGCGCCAUGGGUGAGCUCCGCAAGGAGUACGGCAUUCCCAUCUUUGCCAUCCUGACUCUGGACGACAUCAUCGAGGGCAUGAGGGGCCUUGCUUCUCCCGAGGACGUCAAGAAGACGGAGGAGUACCGCGCAAAGUACAAGGCUACCGACUAA